UGAUGCUAGGCUUGGUUUAACCUCUUGCCGGUCCGUGUUAACAGCUGCGUGUUUCCUAAAAAAAAAAAAUAAUGCCCCGGAGAAACAUCUGUCAGAAACACGGUGAAGCGGAAUAUCAAGUUAGGAAAUUAAAAAAUAUAUAUACAUUAAAAUAAAAUGAAACAGUCAGAGAAAUGAUUUCCCGGGUCUCCAAUCUGACCGCGAUCACGGAGAGUGUAGCUAGGUGACUGAAUAACACGAUGGACAACCUCAGCUAAAACCUACCUGAACAAGCCACGUCAAGCCUCCUCCUCACCCUCCGUCCCCCCUCCCACCUCACCUCACCUCACCAGACUCUUCCCCCUCGCUCACACCGGUGGUUGUCAUGGCGAUGGAGUCAGGCUCGGCGUCGGCUCCGGGGGUUGUUGCCAUGGAGAUCCCGGUGCGACGUGCGCUCCCGGUGCUGGAGGAGGACGAGGGCUUCAGCGCGCCGCCGCCGGGGUCCGAGGAGCAGCUACGCUACCGCCGAGGUGGAGGGAGACGGCGGCGGGGGUUGCCGUUCAACCGGGGCGCCUACUACGUGCUGAUAGUGAUCGGGGAGAUAGGCACGGAGCACCAGCUGGAAGCCGCCAGGGCGCAGAUAGAGCGGGGAAUUCGAUCCUGGGACGUCGACCUUCAGUGCUGUGACCUUGAUCAGCAGCUGCAGCUGUUUAUAACCCGUCACUCUGCCCACUUCUCCUCCGAGGUCAAAGGACAAAGGACUCUCCACCACAGAAGUGAUGUCCUAGAGACUGUGGUGCUGGUCAACCCUUCAGAAGACACUGUUGUGUCAGAGAUCCAGUCUCUAGUCACAGACUCAGCAGGACACAAGCUUCUGGUCUUGAGUGGCCAGAGCUCAGAUCACGGUGGCCUUCUUCUUCAAACUGGGGUUUUCACCUACCAGACCUUUUCACGUGUCUUUACUGAUCCUGGGGUCAGUGAAUUACUGGGCACAACAGCCCCCAAGCAGCAGGCUACACUUACUGUGUCCUGCCGCGGGGAGGUGGGCUGGAGCUCCCUGGGACAGCAGCAGACCCUUUGGGAGUUCCUGGAAUACAAACUAAACCCUGAACCUGCUCUUCCCAAGAUGGAGGGUGUCACCGAGUUCACAGAGUACAUCUCUGAGACGGUUGACGUCCCUUCACCUUUUGACCUCCUGGAGCCACCAACCUCUGGAGGCUUCCUGAAACUGUCCAAGCCAUGUUGCUACAUCUUUCCUGGUGGACGAGGAGACUCUGCUCUCUUUGCUGUGAAUGGCUUCAACAUCUUAGUGGAUGGAGGCUCUGAACGAAAAUCCUGCUUCUGGAAGCUUGUCCGUCACUUGGACCGCAUUGACUCAAUUCUUCUUACACACAUCGGCGCUGACAAUCUCCCAGGAAUCAAUGGGCUUCUUCAGAGGAAGAUAGCAGAACAAGAGGAGGAGCAGUCUCAAGGCUCCACCAACUAUAACGACUGGAUGAAGAACUUGAUCUCCCCUGAACUAGGUGUGGUCUUCUUCAAUGUACCAGAGAAGCUCCGUAUGCCAGAAUCUAAUCUGAAAGUGAAACGCAGCAUUGAGGAGGCCUCGCUGACUCUGCAGUACCUUAACAAACUAGCAAUCAAACCGGAGCCUCUCUUUCGAGUGGUCAGCAACACUAUUGAGCCCAUUACUCUGUUCCACAAGAUGGGAGUGGGCAGGUUAGACAUGUAUAUUCUCAACCCUGUCAAAGACAGUAAAGAGAUGCAAUUUUUAAUGCAGAAGUGGGCUGGCAACAGCAAGGCCAAAACUGGUAUUGUGCUGCCCAACGGGAAAGAAGGAGAAAUAUCUGUGCCCUACCUGACAUCAGUUACAGCCUUAGUUGUCUGGCUCCCCGCCAACCCUGCAGAAAAAAUCGUUAGAGUGCUGUUCCCUGGGAAUGCACCACAAAACAAGAUCCUGGAGGGGCUAGAAAAAUUAAAGCACCUUGACUUCUUGCGCUAUCCUGUAGCCACACAAAAGGAUAUUGCCUCUGGAGCUCCUCCCUCUGUUAUAAAACAAACCAAGUUAAAACAAAGAACAGAUAGCAAGGAGAGUCUUAAAUCAUCCCCGAAGACUACUGCAAAAGCAACAAAGAAAGAAACUGAAGGACAAGAUGAUGUGUCAGCCACCACAGAGGCGAAGAGCGACUCUGUGAAGGAAAAUAUAUCGGAGAAAAAAGAGGAGAAGAAACCUACCAAGACUAUAAAAUCUAAAACUGAUGUGCCAGAAAAGAAAAAACUCUUGAAAGAAAAAUCCUUAAAAAAGCACUCCAAGGAAAGGGUGUCAAAAAUGGAUGAGAAAAAGGACAAGGAAAAGAAAGAGAUCAAGAAAGUAAAGAAAGAUGACUCUGCUAAGAAAGAUGAGAAGAAAGAUGUUAAAUCCAAAGAGGACAAAAAGAGGGAAACAUCCAGACCCGAGCUGAGAAAAAUCACAAAGCCUGACCUAAAACCACUUACACCAGAAGUCAGAAAGACAUUACACAAAGCUAAAGUGUCAAGUAAAGCCAAAACUGGAAAAAUCAAAGCCGCAAAGGCUGAAUCUACUGAACCCAAACCAGAGGAGCCAAAACCCAAAACUGUUCAACCUGAGCUGAUAGAGAAUGGAGCUGUUGAGGGCAUAUCUGUUCCCUCCACACCUGAAGACCUCACUAAGGAUUUUGAAGAACUGAAAAAAGCUGAGGUUAUAGCUGUAUCAGCAGAACCACCAGACAGUACUGAAAUUUCAUCUGAGCUAACAGCACAAGAAACUACAACUGAAAUUCCUGCUGAAAGCAAAACUGCUGAAACAAAGUCUCCUGAAAAGGAGGAGGAGGAGGAGGAUAUGGGAAUAGGUGAAGAGGAAGAUGAAUCAAAAUGGAAGGAGGCAAAGGAUGAUGGGCUUGACAGAAAACAUGAAACAGAAGAAAUGGAGAAAUCAGAAAAUCUCUCAGCUAUUGUUGUGACACAACAGGAGCUACAAGUGACUCCAUCUAAGGAGGAGCAAGAGGAAGAAGAAGAAGAGGAGGAGGCAGUGGAGAAAGCCGAACUGGAGGAAGUGGAAGAUUUAGAUGUAAUAGCUGAUGAAGAAAUCAAAGUCAAACCUGAAGAUACGGUUGAAGAACAAAUGGUCACUGAAAGCAAAACUCCUGAAAUCUUGGCUACAGCUAAAUACGAGGAAGAAGAGGAGGAAGGCUACCUGUCACAUGUCGCAGGGGCCACAGCUCCCAUAACUUCAGUAGCUCAAGGGGCUGCUGCAGCCGAAGCCAUCUCCUACAUCCAAGACGAAACCAUCCCUGGCUACUCUGAGACAGAACAGACCAUCUCUGAUGAGGAGAUUCACGAAGAGGCAGAGGAGAGGAUACCACACCUUCAAUAUGACGUGGGUGCCUAUGACAUCUCUGUUCCCGAUCAGACCGAAUCAUUUGUAAACAUUCCUGGCAUGAAGGAGAUGCAAGCUGCAGCUAUGACCGAGAAAGGGUUUAUGCCAGUUGUGCAGGAGCAAGUAUCUGUGUUCACCAACAUCAUCACUGCUCCUCUGGCAGAAGAGGAGCAUGUGUCUUCUGCAACGUCCAUCACAGAGUAUGACAAAAUGUCCUCCCUACCUACUUCUAUUGCUGAAGAUCAAUCUGUGGCAUCUGUCGCAGCACCUCAGGGUGAGGAGCCACCCAAAACCCCUGUUCCCCUGUCAACCCCACCUGACUCUACACAAGGCAAAGAGCUGCCACUCUCUGCAGGAACUCUUUCACCGCCUUCUUUAGAAGACGACAAACAAGCAAAGUCUCCAUCUGAUGACAUACAGCUUCCUGUUGCAGAAGUGAAGACAGCAGCUAAAGCUCCUGAUGCUCACGAUGCUGAGGAGGAAGAAGAAGAAGAGGAGGAAGACCAAACUCCUAAUGUUGACAUUUCACUUGAAAAACUCCAAGAGGGCUAUGGUUCCUCCCAAAUAUUACAAAGUAAAGAGGGAGACAUGGAAAAGCCUGCUGUCUCAGUGUCUCCUGUUACAAAGUCUCUACAAGACACCAAACCAGUCCACCUGCCAGUUGAAGAGGAAAAUAUAGAUGCAGUUGCACCUAAAGAUAUUUCAUCUGUUGUGCCUACCAGACCUUUUGGAUCAGACUCAGUAACUUCAGAGAGUGAGGAACGUUGCUUCAGUCCGGAUGAUAUCACUGUGAAAAUGGCCUCCCCUCCACAGUCUGGACCCUCAAGUGCAGCUCACUCUCCAAUUCGGCAGUCACCAGUGGAAGACAAGAUGAAGGUUUUCCCUGAUUUGGAGUUGCAAAAGCAAGAGGAGCUCCCUGAUGUAGUCAGUGCAACUGAAGACAAAACUAAAAAGAAAGAUGAAGCAGAAACGGAGAUACAAAAAGAUGUUGACAAACAGAAAGCAGAUCAGCAUGAAGUAGAAGUUGCAACAUCCUUGGACAAAACAUUUGAAAAGGAAAUAAAAGAGGUUGUAGUGAUGAAGGAGCCAGAAAAAGACAUUUCACCACUGCCAAAAGAUGAAGGCAAACAGGUAGAAACAAUCCCCAUUGUUGCUGCAUCUUUAACAGAAGUUGAGCCACCCAUGUUAGAGAGGGACUCCCUCAUUUCAUCUGGACAACGUGAUGAAGACAGUGACAUUGGGCUCAAAGACAAAGAACCUACAGUUCCUGUUCCAGGUAGAAUUCCGGAGAGGGAGAGUCGUUUCUUAGAUGAUGACGAUCAUGAUGAUAAAUCUGGACUUAAAACCAUCAAGGCGGAACAGGAGAAAGAAAAGGACGACUCCGAUGACAAACAAAUCAAGGACGAGCAGCAACAGAAAUCGGUCAUCGAAGAAGACGUUUCUGCCAUUAAGUCCAUCACAGAUGAGAAAGCAGAGAAAGAGGCAGUAAAGGAUGAUACCUCUGAUAUUAAACCUGUCAAAGAAGAGCAAAUUGCAAAGGACACUGUCACUUUUGAUAGAGCCAUUCAAGAUGAACAAAAGGAGCCUGAAAAAGACGAUACAGCUGAAGUCAAAACUACUAAAGAAGCAGAGAUUGAAAUUCUUGCUUCUGAUGCCAAACAAGUCAAAGAUGAGCAGAAGCAGAAAGAUACAAAACAAGAUGAUGAAUUUGACCUCAAAACCAAAAGUGAGGUUAAAGAGACAGAAGCUAAGAAGGAUGAUGUGUCUGAUAGUAAGAUUUUUAAAGAGGACGAGAAGAAAGAGGCAGAAAAGGUUGAUAUUAGCUCUAUAAAGACUGAAGAGAAAGAGAUCGAAAAGGUUCAUGCCAUAGAUAUCAAGCCUGUUAAAGACGAGAUGGAGAAAGAGGCAAAGAAGGACGAUGUGCCCAUUAUUGAGCCUAUUAAAGAUUGGGAGAAGAAAAAGGAGACAGAGACAUCUGACAUCAAAGUGAUUGAAGAUAAGAAAGAGAAAGAGAUGGAAAGGACAGAUGUUUCUGCUACCAAACCCUUCACAGAUGAGCAUAAGGAAAAGGAGAAAGAGGUUGGUGAUAUCCCUGUUGCUAAACUCACCAAAGAAGAAGAAAUUAUUGAUAAGGAUGAUACAUCUGCUGUUACCAUGACAGAAGAAAAGGGCCGAGAGAUUUGUAAAGAUGCUAUCUCAACCAUCAGCCUCACCAAGGUUGAGGAAAAGGAUGUAACAGUUAGUAAAGAUGAGAUUCUAGCGGCCAAGCCAACCAAAGAGCAAGAAAAAGAGAAAGAAACAAGUACAGAUGAUGGCUCGGGCACCAAACUUUCCACUGACCAGGACAAAGAUAUGAAAGCAAGCAAGGAUGAUUCCGAGGCCUUCAAACCUACAACAGAAGAAGACAAGGACGACGACCUAAGUAAAGAUGAUACUGCUGCUAUAAAACUUAUCAAAGAAGUGGAAAAAGAUAAACUGCCAAGUAAGGAAGAUACUUCUGCUGUUAAGCCAACAGUUGGAGAAGAAAAGGAACAAGAGGAAAGUAAAGAUGAUACUGCUGUUAUCAGACCUACCAAAAUGGAGGAAGAGCAUGUAGUAGUAUGUAAAGAUGAGGAUUUCUCUGCCACACCAACCACGGUAGAAGCAAAAGAAACAUUUAAGGACGCUGUCACACCAGGCAUGGAAGGAGAAAAAGAGCAAGAGAUAAGUAAAGACAAAGAUGACACUUCUGCUGUCAAACCUGCUAAGAUGGAGGUAGAAGAUGUAAUAAUUUCCACUGUCGAAACAUCCAAGGACGAAACAAGCACAGAGGUUGACAUUUUUGUAGCUAAACCCACCACACAAGACGAAAAGGAGAUCGAUAUCAGUGAACAUAUUAGUGCUGUCAAAUCAAUGGGAGAAGAAAAGGAAAAAGCAGUGGAUAAGGAGGAAACCUUCACUGUCAAACCAUCCAAGGAAGGAGAAUUGACAAUUCAGGAUCAUAGUGCUGAUAUCAAACCCAUAAAGGAGGAAAAAGAUACAGUAGCAAUUAAGGAAGAAAUGUCUGAUAUCAAACCGUCCAAGGAAGAGGAAAGCAAAGACACUGCUGGUGUAAAACCCCUCGCAGACGUGGAGAAGAUGAUGGAGUUGAAAGAAGUUACUUCUGAUGUAAAAGUCAUCAAGGAGGAGGAAAAAGAAACACCAAAAGAGGAAACUCGUGAUACAGAAUUUAAAGUUAAAGAAGAGGAAAUGGAAAAAGAGAAAGAAAAGAGCGAUAUCUCUGAUUUUGUAUCCAUUAAGGAGCAGAAGGAAAAGGACACUGUUGAUACUUCUGUCAAAAUCUCAAAGGAUGAGAAAGAGGUGGAAGAAAUUGACAUUUCUGACAAACAAAUAAUAGAGGAGGCUAAAGAGCUGGAGAAGGUGGACAUCCCUGACCACAAACCCAUUUUGGAGGGACUUAUGUAUAAAGAAACUGAAAAGGAUGACACGAAGAAAGAGAAAGAAACAGAUGCCACUGUUGAAGAACCCAAGGUUGCAAAAGAGAAAGAGCCUUCUAAAGUUGAAACCACUGUUGAAGAACCCAAGGUUGCAAAAGAGAAAGAGCCUUCUAAAGUUGAAACCACUGUUGAAGAACCCAAGGUUGCAAAAGAGAAAGAGCCUUCUAAAGUUGAAACCACUGUUGAAGAACCCAAGGUUGCAAAAGAGAAAGAGCCUUCUAAAGUUGAAACCACUGAGGACGAAAUGAAAGAUGCAGUCAAACAGGACAGCCAUGAAGCUGAAUCCAUUACAGAGAAGGAGAUGUACACUCCAACAUUUAGCACCAAAGAUGAGAAAAAAGGGAAACAUGAUUAUCCUUUUGAGUCUGAACCCAAGAAGGAUGAUAAAAAAGAGGUAGAUCUUCCUACGGCUAUGGCUCAGACCUUGGAAGAGGAGAAGACUAAAAAGGAUGAUAUUUGUGAAAUUGGUGAUAAGCAUAUAUAUGAAGAAACUUCUGAAAAACUUCCUGGAGCUCAGACAGAAAAGGACAGUUUUGGUGCUGCAUCAGUAGAAAUGCAGAAAGACUCUUUUGUAACAGAAUCAAGUGAAGACCUGAAACCGGCAAAAGAUGACAUCUCUCCGUCUCCCCAUCACACCCAGGAGGAGAAAAAAGAACAAGAUAAAGAAGCUAAGUUCAUUAUUAGUCAAGAGGAGAAGAUGGAGAAAGAAAAAGAUGAUGCACAUGUUGCUGAACUGAGCAAAGAACAGAAAAUGGAAAAAGAACAAGAAAAAGAAUACAGCCAUGAGACUGAAGACAUCAAAGAUGAAAAGACCAAACCAGCGGAUGAUGAAAAAAUAAUUAAAGAAAAGGAUGUUGCUGACACAAAGACAGAUGAGAUCGCAGAGAAAGAAAAGUAUGACUCCUCUGAUGCAGACCACACCAAAGAGGAGAAAUGGGAGAGAGAGGAAUUACAGGAGAAAGACCAGGACAAAACAAUUAAACAACUUGCACAGACAAUAUCAGGAGAUGCAGUUGCAUCCAAGUCAGAUUUCAAGCCUGCAUUUGUGGUUCAAUCCUCUGAUGAAGACAGAGAAGAUGAAGAGGAGGAGGACAUCUGUAUGGGAGGCGCAGGCUCCAGACCUUUGUCAGUGGCGCCAAGAAAAUCAGACCAUGACAUCUUCUCUGCAGGUCCUCUAUCCGAAACUGCACAGACAAAUGACCAAACUAAACCAUUAUCCGAACAGACCACAGUGAUCAUUCCUACACUUACAAUGCAGGAGCCCUCUAUUGAUGAAGACGUCAAAGAGUCUGGCAAAGAAGAAUCCAGACUUUCACCUAAGGCAGACCAAGAUGUUGUGAAAACAGAAACCAUACCUGCACCCCUUGCCAAGCCAGAGCCCUCCUUUGAUACUGUCACACCAAAGGAGGAGAUUACCUCUAUUCCAAAACAAGAACCAAUUUCUGAUAUCCCAGCUACUAAAGUAGAACCAAUGCCAGACUCAACUGAGAAAAAGCCUAUGUUGUCAACAGUAUCAAGCACAGACAGUAGACCCAGGAGCUGUACUCUUUCGAGCACCGAGAGCCAGUCCAAGGUGGAGGAAACGCCACAAGAGAAACAGGUGCCGUCUCAGACAAGCCCAGGAGUUAUUGCUACAGAAGAGACAAAGCCAGAUGAGAAACCAGGGAAGGAGGCAGAAAGGGAAAUGGAAGGAGAAAGAGAGGUAGCUUCUCCAGGAUUUUCUCAGCCUCUUUCAUAUUUUAUGUUGGACAAAGAUUCUGAGGCUGGACACACUGAUGCUGUAAAAUCAGACACUGCAAAAAUGGAGAGUGGUGAAAAAAUAACCUCAGAGAAGGAGAUGGUCAGUGGAAGCUUACAAGAUGCAUCCAAGUAUGCUCCGUAUGAAAAGCCCAUCCCAAAAGAUCAUGACUUGGACUCUCGAGAAGAGAGUGAGGUUUCCUUAGGUUUUGAUCACACCUCCGAUAUCCGUAUUGAUGAUAACAGAAGAACAAGCCAGACAGAGGCUGGAGGAGCCAUGUUCCUCCUUGAUGAUCAAUACAAAGAAGAGCCUUUGUCCUUCAGCAGAGUUGACUACAGUCCAGUGUCCCUCACAGAGAGUGAAAGAAGCAGCCAACAUAGUCAAAGUGCCUCCCCCAAAUAUGAAGACAGAGAGAAAGGCCAAGAGGAGGAGAGUGAGAGAGAGGAAAGACCAGAUACACCAUAUGUUGACAAGAGCUUUUCAUCCAUAGACAUGCAAGACAACAAAAUGUCCCAAGCUACUGAGUCUUAUUCUUUCACUCCCAAAGAGGACAAACCUGAGAAAUCAGAAAAAGAGAAAGAAGAUAUGAAGGAAGGUGCUGUAGCAGCUCUUCAACCAGGGGCGACAGGAGAAAGUGAUAAAGAUGCCACUAGUGCUGCCAUUCAGUCAACAGGAGUAUCAUUAAGACAAGAUACACCCUCUCUCUUGUGGAGCCAAUCAGAUCUUGGUACCCAAGCUUCAGCUACUCCUUUAGCUUUUGGAGAAUUCACAGAGAAGGAAACAUCGGAAAAAGAAAAGGAAAAAUCUGCUGAGUCACUUAAAGAGAAAACUGAGUCCUCUGAUCAUGAAAGGGAGAGUUCUCCAUCUGGUCGGCACUCACCUGCAGAAAAAGACAUUUUACCACAAGACGCAUCACCUUUAGAGAGAAACGAAACAUCACCUGACUUGAGGACUGCCCCUGCCACCACAUUUUUAGGACAUGAAAUAGAUGAUAAUGUUCUUGCCUCUGAUAACAGUCAAAUUAGUAGCUCUGCCAUUUGUAAAUCAAUGUUAGACUUUCCUGAAGGAAAAGAGAGCCUGAUAGAUAAAAGGUUACUUGUAGAGGGGGAAGAUUUCAAUGUUGAUGAUGAUGAAGACGAAGAAGAGGACGAGGAGGAAGAAGAAGAGGACGAGUUAAGUGAUGUAGAUAUAGAAAAGGGUGCAAGAGAGCAGUCUGAAAAAGAAAUGUGCAGACGUAGUCCUGAUGAUAGUGCAAACUUAGCAGUGGUAGAGGACUCCAAUAAGAGAUCUCAGUUGCCUGAGUCAGGUUUCCUUAAAGAGGAAAUUGUGUGUAAACCAACACCUGAUGAUGCCUCUGCUUCUAAAGUCACAGAAACAGACAAGCAGGACGUAAGUAAAAAACCACCAUCUCCUGACGUGAAACCACUCAAAGAAGAGGAUAAAACUGGUGAUAUAGCUACAUCCAAACCUCCAGAGACAAUGAGUGAAGAUGUAGGCAAAACAACUCCGUCACCAGGCCAAAGUACUCACAAAAUGGAAGAAAUAAGUGUUGCUACACCAGAUGCCUCAAAUAUUCCUGAAACAAAGAAAGCAGAGGAUACAGACAAAAAGCAUUUGUCUCCCGAACCUACCACAAAGAGAAGGUUAUCAUCGGCAGUUGAUGUAACCUACUCUGAAGUACCAGAGUCCAAAAAAGGAGAUGAAGACAAAGAGUCUCUAUCUCCAGGCUUUUUGCAAAAGGAAACUUUUCAACAAAUGUCCACAAGCAGCUUGACAGGCAGCUCUUUGCCACCUUAUCAUUCAGAGUCCAAGCCUACAUCUAGUCCAUCCCCUCCGCUAACAGGCAGCUAUGCUGAUAUCGGACAGAGCAGAUCUGGAGAUUAUUCUGAGCAUUUUUACAGUGAGGAAAGUCCAGUAGAAUUGAAGGAGGAUAAGAAAGAAACUAUGAUGCUCUCAGAUGCCUCACAGCUAUCCAAGCUAAGUGAUGAUAAAUAUUACAGCCAAGGAGACAUCCAAGAAGAAAGUAAAGAUGACAGGCAGACCACAGAUAUCACUGCAAAACAUGAGGAAACUACCUCAGUAGCUUGCACAUACACCACCUUAACACACUCUUCUUCAACAUACUCUUCCACAUCGUAUAGUUACUCAUCCUCAGCCUCAACUUCUGCCCCUUUUAGCCAUCAGUUUGGAGACAAAGUUGAAACUUUCACAACGAUAUCAAGCUCUGAAGUACCUCUAGUCAAAGAGGAGUCAUCAUUCAUGAAAGCGUCUACAAGCUCCUGCUUUGGAGGAUUUCAGAGAGAUGAGUACAUGGAGGUGACAAUGAAACCUGCAACAAAACUGUCUUUACUCAGUCAGUUUGAGGAGACCAAACCAUCGUCUCCAGUCUUAUCUACCACUGCCAAACAGACUGAGGAUCAAAUUGGCUCUGCAAAACCCAAAACGGACACAAAGACAAGCACUGAUUUUUAUAUGCUAGACACAAAAAUUGCAACAUCUACCACAGCACAAUCUCUACAAUGUGCUGAGCCAGUAAAGGUGUCCGAGAGCUUAUCAACAUCAGAGGCUCGCUUUGAUGUCUCUCCUCUCCAAAGGGCUGACUCCUCUGAUCGGCGGUCCCAAGGCUCAGCAGAAGAUGAGGAGCCUGAUACACUUGAAAUGGAAGACAGCACCCUACCAUGUCGUAUUGAAUGUCAAAAAAUCAAAGUGGCCGAGCAAAAAGAGACUUUUCCUUCAAUAACCGAUUCAUAUGUGGUAGAGAGUACCACACAUUCCACAGAGACAAAGACUGUCACCAUCACCUCUACUCUUGUCGUGUCUGAACCUGAGGUGGUGUCGCAAACAACUAAACAGACAGCCUCAGUUACUCCACUGAGUGAUAGUGGAGCUAGCAAAACCUCAUGUGCCAUAACAGACCUGUCCAAAACAGAGGAGGAUAAAGAGAAAAAGGAGAAAACAUCAGAUGCAAAAGAAGAAAAGACAAAUGGAGCACCUUUCAAGGAACAUGCAAAGGUGACAGAAAAAGAAAAAAGUGAAAAAGAUGAAAAGACAGAGAUUGCUAAAAAAGACACUGAAUUCGAGCAGACAACAGAGGAAAAGAAACUAGAAGAAAAGACACGUAAAGAUACCACAGAAGAGAGGAGAGCUACACCUGAUCCAAAGAUGUGUGAAAAAGUAGAGGAGAAAAGCCUGCUGGAUAAGCCACCAGAGAGAUUAGAAGUUAGAAGAAAGAGCAGUAUAUCUGAUUGGGAGCUACUACAAAGGCCUGAUGACUGCCCAAGUGCCCCUCCUCCAGGUUAUGGUGAUGAUGGGGAGGAAGAAGAGACAAUGGAAACGAUGGAAUGGAUGACCAGUGUCCAUGCUACCUCUAUGUCCUCUUCAAAGGAUACAUCUAGUAAAGGAGACGUAAAGACUGAUCGUCCCUCUGACUUGAGCACCGAUGCCACCUGCUCCUCUGCCUCCCCUCCAGGUUACUCCUCUUGCGAAUAUAAGCAUUGCAAAGGAGAACUUUCUCCAUCGUUCAUCAACCCCAGUCCUCAUCAGCUCUCCAGUGAGGAAGGUGAGGAGGACGGCCGCAGUGACCACUUCCAGGAGGGGGAGGAGGACGAUCAGGAACAGCACUCUGUGAAAAGGAGGUCGCACAAGCAGAGGCACCACCACGCUCAGAGUUACCAUGGAGAUGCAGGACAGGGGCCACACCAGUUGCCCGGGGCUAUAUCAUCUGGUUUGGCUGUGACAUUAGCUGGAGAAGAAACACCUCCGACAUCAGUGAGCGAAUCGUUGCCAUCACAAUCGGACUCUGAUGUCCCUCCAGAAACUGAGGAGUGUCCAUCCAUAACAGCUGAAGGAAAUCUGGACUCGGACGAAGAUGCUGAACAUCUGCCGGUGGACAAAUUAUCUGCAUCUGGAGCUGGUGGGGGCCACCAUCCUCCAUCACCUAGAUCACCUCAGAGGACUCACGAUCCCCUCCCCAGCCCGAUGAAGGACCCUCUUCCUCAUCCUCCGCACCCAGAUGUGUGCAUGGUAGAUCCGGAGGCUCUUAUCAACGACCACAGCAGCACAGAGAAACUUCUCAAGAAGGAGCACAAGACCACCAAGGGCCUCAGAAAGGGCAAACCCAAGUCAGCCUCACCUGCUCGUAAGGGAGAUGUCAGGAAAAGGUCUUCUACUCCAGUGAAACAGACUAAGGACUCUGCCUCACCACGAUCAGCCUCCCUCAAGAGGAAGGACACGGAGAGAAGCUCCAGGCUUAUCAAGAUGUCUGAGACUCACGGUUCCAGGACUGAGAUCCUAAAUCCAGGAAAAGGCUUGGUCAAUGGUGUCAAGAGCAGUUCAGGUAACAACACACAGAAAACAAGUUCAGCCGUCCCCCCUGGACCACCUGUCUAUGUCGACCUGGCCUAUGUUCCCAACCACUGCAGCGCCAAGAACGUGGACCAGGAAUUCUUCAAGAGAGUGCGGGCUGCGUACUACGUGGUGAGCGGGAACGACCCCGGCAGCGGAGAGCCCAGCCGUGGAGUCCUGGACGCCCUGCUGGAGGGCAAGGCUCAGUGGGGCUCCAAUUUACAGGUGACUCUGAUCCCAACUCACGACACAGAGGUGACCCGGGACUGGUACCAGCAGACCCACGAGAGGCAGCAGGACCUGAACAUCAUGGUUCUGGCCUCCAGCAGCACCGUAGUCAUGCAGGACGAGUCCUUCCCUGCCUGCAAGAUCGAGUUCUGAGCUUCACGAGCCCUGUUGCGCCCCCCUCCCCACCUCACCCCCCUCCCCAGUCAUCUGCUCACAAUGGAGGUAGAGCGGGAGCAAACAGCACUCUCUGCUUCUUUAAAGCUUUCCCGUUCUGUCAUGGUACCUGUCUCAAACACAUUUGCCGCAGCCCUCAAUACAUUAGAUUCUGUUAGCUGAAAUCCAAGUCAAACCUCUGGGUUUAUGCUUUCUGUGACAGUGUGGCUAUCACGCAAGUAAAAUCGUACUUUUAUGUUUGUUUUCUUCUGUGAGUUAAAUGUCUGCCCUAACACACUUCUUAUACUAGCACUAACAGUUGUGGUUAAAGUUCAGAUCAUUUAAAUGACAUAAUCACACAUGACAGCUUUCUUUGCCUCAUAUCUUACAGAAAUAUAAACAGCGUUAUCGCACAAAAGCAAAAUGCCACAGUUAAACUACAGAUUAGUAUCAUGUAGCUCUUACACCCGUGGCUCAAAUCACAAUUAACUCAGAAAUGAAUACUCCCAAUUGACAAAUUUCCCAUUCAAAGGGCCAAAACAAGUGCCAAAAAAUGAAUUCUUAUUAAUCAGUUUCUCCAAAAUAUCCUCUAAAUUAUCUCUGGCAAUCAAUAAUUGCUUUAGAUUGUAUGCACAGUGUUUUUAGAAGAGCAUAUUUUUUUCUGCUUCUCAUUUUGAAGCUUUCUUUUCCAUCAGUGCGCACGACAAAACUCAUUCUCUGCAAUUCUGCUCACACUACAUAGUGUUUGACUUAACUCAGUAAUGACAUAAAUCGAUGUUAUGUUUAAAAAAAAAAUGGAAAAAAGAUUAAAAAAAAGAAAGAAUCCUUCCUUCUUGUCAUUUGUGGUGAAGUUUUAGGAGGUGCCUGAGGUUGCCACUCUUUGAAAUCUUUCUUCUCGGCUUUCACAGCUUAGCUGGUGCAUGAUGCUUGUGUUUUAGCUCGGAUUCUUUCAGAGAGAACUGCGUAGGGUUAAUCCUUAAUUUAGCCAGCCUUCAAGUGUGGAAUGCAGUAUAGCGUAGACGACACACUGUUCGGCUGUCUAUGCUCACGUGAAUUCAAUAGGCGGCAGGCAAAGGGACGACGUUUCUAAACGAAUCAUAUCUCAGCUGGAUGUAUUGGUUCUUCUUCAAGUCUUUAUCAUGGUCUUUGUUGGUUGUAUGUACACCGGUAUACAUAUAGGGUAAAUGUUUCUAUAUCAAUACAGAGGUAAUGUUAAAUAAAUGAUAUAUUUUGUGAUGAUGCAGCGAAUUAUGAUCCUGGGGUGAAUGCAGCGUUUUUCGAUCAUGCAUUUGAGAGGGUUCAAAAUAAUAAUUGUCAUUUCCUCUUGUUCAGCUACAUUUUACAGUUUUCUGUCAAUAUCACGAAGCAGUGGAUAAAAAAAAAAAAAAAAAAAACUAGCAGUGACCUGUGACAAAUGUAGCAAAGAAAGCUCGUCUGUUCAUCCCGUCAGAGGGAACAAUACACCAGUAGGAACUGCAAUAUUUAUAUGUAGUAUUGGGGUUUAUUUUUUAGGAGAAAUAGCUAUGUUAAGUGUGACACAGGAGGCUUCUUUCAUGUGCCUUUAGCUUGUGGGUUUUGGAGAGCAUGGGAUAUUUUAAGGACAUUUUAAACCAGGGCCAGAAACCAGGGUAAAUCAAGUACACGACUUUGAAACAGAGGACCAAUCAGUUCAUACAGUACACACACAAACCGCGAUACCCAAGAAGUAGCACUCUCACAUUGUUCAAACUUUGGAACUAAUUUUGGAGCUGUAUAAUCCAAUCAAGCAUCGAUUCCGCUUUGGCAAACUUUCAAACCAAUAUGAAUGUCUUCAAGCAAGGUAUUGCACCAAAUAGGAACGCACUUUUCUGAGGUGGGAGAAGGGAGUCUGGAAGCCGGGUGUUUGUUUGUAGUUGAAGCACAGAGAGUUAGCGUAGCAGCAGAGGACAACCUUCCACUGCAAUAUAAAAUAAUGUACAAGACGUUCCCUCCAAACUGAGUUUGCUGUUAGCGAGGGAUGACAGCGUAAUAUGAAGUGAUCACCUAAUAUUAAUCCCAGAGGAAUAUUUAUAGACUGAGCAUGAAUGUGAUGAUUAUGAUUGUACUGGAUGCAGUUAUACAGUAGGAAUGUUUUUGAAGUAGUUUUGUGUGUGUGCGGGUAUAGGAUUCACACUCAUUAGCCGUUUUUAUAACCCAGCAUGGUUCAUUCCUGUAGGUUCUGUGGCGAGUGAGUUUUUACUGUGAGUUCAGUGUGAAAGGUCUUUCUGCUUGUUCACGGCCAGACUUGAGGGUAGCUCACACGUACGCUCACAUUAAAUUUACUUGAGGCCAAAUUUGAUUUCUUCAUGUAUAUGUGAAUUUUUAGAGUAGCAGAUUUGCAUUUUCAAUUAAUUCCGGUUUAAUAUUCUCCAAUUGUGUGCUGAGAAGCAAACGCAAGUCUGAUUAUUUCUUUUUAAAAUUUAAUUUUUGUCCAAAUAAGACAUAGAUUUCUGUCAAGAUGGCUGAUCUCAUCUCAUGAUUUUGUUUUGUUUUUUAAGACAGACUUCAAGCUAGGGAAUGGGACGGGCUGGGUGAAGCAAGGCGGGCUUGGAUUUCCAGAAAGGACUUUGUUUGAGCUGUUGAUGAUAGAUUGUGGUCAGGAUGUUGCCAACUAGAAGCAGGGAGGAUCCUCUGCUUACACAGUUUAACUUCAGCCAGUUCUUUACCUCAAUCUGAUUCAAAAUAUGGAAGAACCUCCUUUGGAAGGCCAGAGCAUCUUGUUAACUCGUGCUAGCCUGGGACCAGUGCCAUUUUCUUUCCCUGUAAAACUCACACCACUAGCACUAAUUUAUACCUCAUAUUGCAAAGCCUCCGUGCUCUUUGCUCUGCCCAGCCUACUUUUACUUUCAAAUCAAAGAUAACCGAUUAAGAAGGCUGCCACUGAAUGUUCUUCUUUUUUUCUCUUCAGCAUAAUACUUGUCGAUUAUAAACUGUGUAAGCCUUGAUAUGCAUCUCAUUUCUUGAGAUGUCUGCCUCUGAGACAUGCAAGAGAUGCAGGUUGUAUAUUAAAUAGCUGAGUACGCACAAGUACACACACGCACCCUAGUGUGGAGGGAGCUGAUUAAUUAAAGGGCAUAUUAAGACGGGACAGUGAAAGUUCAAAAUGACUCCCUGUUUCAGUUCAAACCUAAAUGUUUGUGAAACGACCAAGCAAAAAGUCCUUUUUACCCUUUCUUUGAUGCUGUAUGGAAAUGUGUCCAAAACACGAAGAAGCUUUUUAAUAUAUGGAUCAGAUUUUGUGGAUGGUCUGAUGUGUUGUUCUAUCUUUGAAUAAUGUUUUUAAGUUGGCAGAUUCCAAAUACCCGGCCUUGAGAUGUUCAAGGCAUUAGCAGAAAGCUGUGAAUCACUCAAUACUGAACUGUAUGACUAUACAGAAGCUGAAUGCACUAUACAGGAGAUCUAUUUUUCUGAAUGUAGAGUUGGUACUACCAUACGAAUGCUGCUGGAUCAAAACAAUAGACAAAAAAACAUAUAAAAACAAAAAAAACCAUUCACACCAACUUAGAAAUAAAUUUUAAGGGAGCACAGAACAUGGGCAGAUACUGUUUUCUGUUUUGGCAAAUUGUCAUUUUGAUUAUAGUUCUGUUCUACAGGAGGGGAAAAGUUUGAUUUUUAAACUGAAAUCCCAUAACAAACAUAUUAAAAGUUACAAACAAAUAGUAAUAACUGCAGCUGCAACUUUUUCCUUUUCCUGAAUAUGACUUGAAACACAUACAGAAUCAAAAACCUUCAAUAAAAUUAAACAACUGCUACGUGUACACUU